AUGGCACCAAGGGUUGGCAAGGGCACUCUCUACAAAAUGCUCUUCGAUAGACACCCGGAGACCUUCACGCUGUCUGUCUCGCACACCACGAGAGAUCCUCGCCCCGGCGAGAAGAACGGAGUCGACUACCACUACGUUAGCAUGGCGGACUUCGAGGCACUGAUCGAUGCCGAGGGCUUCGUUGAGCACGCCAAGUUUGGGCGCAACCGAUAUGGCACGAGCAAGAUGACCAUUGAGGAGCAGAGCGCUAAAGGCCGUGUCGUGGUGUUGGACAUCGAGAUGGAGGGCGUCAAGCAGAUCAAGCAGUCGAACUUCCCAGCGCGAUAUGUUUUCGUCGCGCCACCGUCAGAAGAAGAGCUGGAGAAGCGUCUACGAGGACGAGGCACCGAGAAGGAGGAGAGCGUCCAAGAAAGACUGGCCCAAGCAAAGAUAGAGCUCGAGUACUCAAAGACGCCGGGUGUGCAUGACAUUAUUAUCGUGAACGACAAUCUGGAGAAGGCAUACAAGGAGUUGGAGGACUUUGUGUACACACCAUCACAGUCAUAG